CCAUCCAUCCGGUUUGCACGGACAGGGAUGACCGCUGAGGACUCGCGGCUUGCCUCGCCCUGUUUUGCAACAUCGAAGCAGCAUUUUGAAGACAUUCGUUUUAAAAAUAUAUACAAUGUAUCCUUUCGUUGAUAUAGGGUGGAAGUCUCUCUAGAACAACUACUUUUUUUCAUGUCUGACAAGCCAGUAAAUGAGAAAUGGAGUGCCGGUACUAUUUGAUGAGCGGAGGAAAAUUGAUUUCGUUUAAAAGAUAUGGCUGUGAAGCCAUGUGCUUCUUUGUUUACAAAAACAUAGGCUAUUAGUGGAGUGGUGAAAUUGUGUGAAUAGUUCUGUAAAGAAUUUGGACUUGUAAGAAGUGAGCCGCACAACCGUACCUGCAACUUGCCUGGAGCAGUCUAUUCAGACAGUGGGACAAACUGUAUCUGCCAACUCAAUGCCUAGUUUCAAUUCCCCACCGACCAUUCGUAAGGUGUCUGUGUGUUUUCCAGGUGGCAAGGAUGAUUUCUCAGGUUCUCCUGACGGGGACACUAUGUUGCCUACUCCCAGGUUUGCUGGAUGCUACACCACUGAAGGCUAGAGCUGUUAGGGAGGUCAGCAUCAACUCUGCCCAGGCUCGUGGCUUCCUGUCUCAGUCACGCCCCAAACGGAACGUCGAUCACAGGGGGCACCGCGGCACGCCUGAUUUCCAGUCCUACUACAAAUUCUACAACAGCAUCGGCCAUAUUGAAGGACUGUAUGAGAUUGACAGGAUCAGGAUGCUGUAUCAGCAGAUGCGUCACCUGGAGCAGGUCUAUGGGCCAGACGCCUCCAGCUACCAGAAUGCCCUGGGUGUGAUAACCCCACCACCCACCACCAUAGCUCCUACUACCACCACACUGCCUGCUACCACUCAGCCCACUCCUACUACCCAAGCACCACUUUCUUUUACUAAGACUGACGUCCUGUAUCUGUGUAACCCCAAAGACCCCCUAUGUAAAGCUCACAUCGUCUACCUGCCUGCAGGGGCCAUCCCAGUCCUCUGUGACCCACGCUACAACCCUGCCUGCAAGCCCCAAACUGGUAAGGUGGUCCUUGCUGCUGUACCUAUGGAGCCAGCUUUUGCAGCACCUCUGGAGCCAGCUGUUGAAGCACCACCUCCACGAUCUCCUAAGAAGUCUCUCCAACCUCCUCGUCCUCCUCCCAUCGUUAUUAAAGGAAUGGAGUAUGACUGUGACCCUUACUGGGACCCUGACUGCCUGAUCGAUCACCCACCUCGCCCUGUCAAGGCGACUGAGCCACUAACACCACCCCAUACACUCCCCGUUGUUGUGGAGAAGAAGGUGAAGGAAGACGUUGCUCUUGAGACCAAAACACCUUUUGACCUGCGUAAUUUUCGGCAUGACAUAAUUGACCCUUACCGCUAUUCUGACCAAGCCCAUGACCCGCAGUAGAUGAAUAAAACAACAUAAAUUUGACAUACAAAUAAAACAGUAGUGUUAGUUUACAACAGAAGAUCAGUAAACAAAUACAGGUAGAACAAAACCAUAACUUUUUUUAAUGCAAUUUCCCUCCAAGUAUGACACUUUUUCACUUCAUCAGAGAAUAUGGUUUCAGUUUUAGAGACAAGCCUGACAAAAUCUUGUAUUCAACGUGUGUAUGUGAGCCUGUUAUUUUCCUUAACAUUAGGACAUUUGUCUGGCUGUGGACUCUACGAGGUGUUGAAAGCGUUCCACAGACACAGUUGUGUCAUGUUGGCUGGAUGUCCUUUUGAUACACACGGAAACUGUUGAGCGUGAAAAACCCAGCAGCGUUGCAGUUCUUGACACACUCAAACCGGUGUUCCUGGCUCCGACUACCAUACCCCGUUGAAAAGCACUCAAAUCUUUUGUCUUCACCAUUCACCCUCUGAAUGGAACACAUACACAAUCCAUGUCUCAAUUGUCUCAAUGCUUAAAAAUUAUUCUUUAACCUGUCUCCUCCCCUUCAUCUACACUGAUUUGAAGUGGAUUUAACAAGUGACAUCAAUAAAGGAUCAUAGCUUUCACCUGGAUUCAUGUGGUCAGUUUGUCAUGAAAAGAGCCGGUGUUCCUGAUGUUUUGUACACAGUGUAUACAGUGCAUUUGGAAAGUGUUCAGACCCCUUCACUUUUUCCACAUUUUGUUAAAAUGGUUUGUCAUUUCCCCCCCCCCAUCAAUCUACACACAAUACCCCAUAAUGACAAUGCAAAAACAGGUUUUUAAUUCACAAAAAAUGUAUAAAAAAUAUACAACUAAAAUUUGACAUUUACCUAAGUAUUCAGACCCUUUACUCAGUACUUUGUUGAUGCACCCCUUGCAGCGAUUACAGCCUUGAGUCUUCUUGGGUAUGACGCUACACCUGUAUUUGAGGAGUUUUUCCCCAUUCUCUGCAGAUCCUCUCAAGCUCUGUCAGGUUGGAUGGGGAGCGUUGCUGUACAGCUAUUUUCAGGUCUCUCCCGAGAUGUUAGAUCGGGUUCAAGUCCGGGCUCUGGUUGGGCCACUCAAGGACAUGAGACUUGUCCCGAAGGCACUCCUGCAUUGUCUUAGCUGUGUGCUUAGGGUCGUUGUCCUGUUGGAAGGUGAACCUUCGCCUCAGUCUAAGCGCUCUGACGCAGGUUUUCAUCAAGGAUCUCUCUGUACUUUGCUCCAUUCAUCUUUCCCUCGAUCCUGACUAGUCUCCCAGUCCCUGCCGCUGAAAAACAUCCCCACAGCAUUUUGCUGCCACCAUCAUGCUUCUCCGGAGGGAUGGUAUUAGCCAGGUGAUGAGCGGUGCCUGCUUUCCUCCAGACUUGACGCUUGGCAUUCAGGCCAAAGAGUUCAAUCUUGGUUUUAUCAGACCAGAGAAUCUUGUUUCUCAUGGUCUGAGACUCAUAUCAAGUUGUAGAAACGUCUCAAGGAUGAUCAAUUGAAACAGGAUACAUCUGAGCUCAAUUUCGAGUCUCAUAGCAAAGGGUCUGAAUACUUAUGUAAAUAAGGUAUUUGUUUUUUAUUUUGAAUAAAUUUGUUAACAUUUCUUUAAAAUAAAACUGUUUUUUCUUUGUCA